UACCUACCUACUAAAAUUUAAUGUAAUUGUUUGAUUGCGUAUUUCAGAAAAUACACAAUAUUAAAAAAAUACCCCAUAAUAUUGAGAUACGUACUGUAAAUAUACGGUAAAUAAUAAAGACCUUCGUAUAAGAAAUAACCUUCGUAAGAAAUAAUGUAAUCAGUGUUCUUGUUUCUCAAAUUUUUCAUAAAACAAGAAAUUUUUGUUUGAAGUAUUCUAUUUCAUUCCGACUUUAGUAUUAAAAACUAUUUAAUAUUUUUAUCAAUAACAUAUAAUCAAGUAGAUGUUUUUUUGUUAACAAAAUGGGGAUAUUUGGCACUUCCUCGCCUUUUGAUCAAGAUGUUGAACGCGCAACGAGUGAAAAUAACACCAGCGAGGAGUGGGGACUGAUCAUGGAGAUAUGUGAUCGCGCCGGUGCAUCUUCUACCAGUGCGAAGGAGUGUCUCCGUGCCGUCAUGCGGCGCUUGGCGCAUCCCGACCCACACGUACAGGUUCACGCCGCCACACUGCUCGACGCCUGCGUUGCAAAUUGUGGUCGUUUCUUCCACCUGGAAGUCGCCUCGCGAGACUUCGAGACCGAGUUCCGGCGCCUGCUGUCUCGCGCGCAGCCUCCUGUCGCCGCUCGUCUCCGCGCCCUGCUCCGCAAGUGGGCCGAGGGCGAGUUUCGCGACGACCCGCAGCUCGACCUCAUCCCGGCGCUGCACGCGCGCCUCCCGACCACUGAGGCUCCCGCGGCCGCGGCCCCGAGCCCGGCGCCGGCCGCGCAGCGCGAGCAGGACGAGCUGGCGCGCGCCAUUGCUCUGUCCCUGCGAGAGAGUCAGCCGGCGCCGGGCCCGACCCCCGCGGCGGCCCCCAGCGCCGGCUCCACGCUGUACCCGCGAGUGGAGACCGCGCCGGCGCGCCCUGUGCGCGCUCUCUACGAUUUCGAAGCAGCGGAAGAUAACGAACUUACUUUUCUAGCUGGCGAAAUUGUUCACGUGACCGACUCGAGUGAUCCGAACUGGUGGAAAGGGUACAACGAUCGCGGCGAGGGACUGUUUCCUGCCAACUUUGUGACGGAGGAACUGGCAGUGGGCGCCCCGGCCGCCACCGCCGACGAGCCUCCAGCCGAGCUGGCCGCGACCGGCGCCGACGAGGCAGACGGCAUCGACGAGGCGGCGCUGGACGAGGCACUGGCCCUGCUGCACGAGGCGGACCCGGCGUGCGCGGGCUCGGCGGGCGAGGACGCGCGGCUGGCGCGGCUGGAGGCGCGCGCGGCCGCCACCGGCGCGCUCGUGGACGCGGCGCUGGAGCGAGCCGACCGCCGCCACGCUCGCCUCACGCAGCUCAGCGCCGACCUGGUGGACGCGCUCAACCUCUACCACACGCUGAUGCGCGAGCCGCACUACGCGCCGCACUACCCGCCCGCGCACCCGCCCGCACACCCGCCCGCACACCCGCCCGCGCACCCGCGCUGCUGACGCCGCGGACUGUGAUCGCCCUUUGCUAAUAAACUACUAUUUAUCAACAAA